AUGGAUGCUCAAGAAGAGAUGUCUGUGAAGGAUACCGCGGGAGCGGAGUCCCCGGACAGCAUCGAAGACAGACCCCCAGCAAUUUAUAAGAAACAAACAGCCUUCAGACUAGCAGGUCCUCUCAUCUCCUGCAGUGACACCAAGCCUCCAGUCUCAGAGAGACAGAGAGAAGUGAGGACAGCGAGGUGGAAUCCCUUCAAACUCCCGGCAGACAACAUCUUCCUCCUGAGAAACAAGGAAAAUGAACAAAGGAAGCUGGAGCGCCAGCGACAGAAGACGCUGAAGGUCCAUGAGAAGUCCACUUAUGCUGGGAGGAUACAGGCCAAGCAGGCUAACCUGAGGCAGGAGCUGAGGCAGGGGCAGAAUGAGGUGGACUCCACCUCCUGCAGCAAGGCUGUGUCCACCCUCAGGGAUGAUCCGGCAUGGAGGAAAGCUGCCGUCCUGAACUCAAAUGACAGGGAGAAUAUUAGUGAGUACAUCACUAAGAAGAGAGAGAUGUUUCUUAUUGAGUACUCCCUGGCUGUGAAGAGGGAGGUGAUUCACAAGCUGGCUGAGGUGGCCACCAAGGAAGAGAACAGGCUGCAGCAGGCGGAGACAUUUCUGGACGAGGACACGGCCAUGUUUGACGAGUUCCUCGAGGAGAAUGACAAGAACUCAGUGGAGGCAAUCAAAAUUGCUGAACACGAGACCAAAGCCAAACUGGAGAAGGUUGCAGAGAUCAAGAGGAUCGCAGGCAAAAUGGUGGCAGUAAAAAGUGACAUCUCCAAGAACGAGGAGAUCCUGAAGGAGUACACCCUGUACAAUGGCUUCCUGCUGAAGCUGUCCCCUACAGAGUGGCAGGAGAGACAGCAGGCUCGCAGGGUCAUGGUGGACAAGAUCAAAGCUGCCAUCAAGGAGAGGGAGGCUCAGCUAGCUGGGCCAGCCAAACCCGGCAGACGUAAAGAGAGUAUGGCCAGGGACCUGCCUCCUGUAUGUGACCCCAGGGCUCCCCAGAGACAGAGUAUGAUGGGAACCAGAGAGAGCAUCAAGCCGAAGGAAGUUACAGUACCGGUGGAUGAGAGCAAACUGCCUGAAUAUGAGGAGCCGGAGCUGUUCUUCACUGACCCUCAGCAGCUGUUGGACCUGCUGACAGACCUGGAGAAGCAGAACCUGACUCUGAUCCAGAACUCCAGAGAGACGGAGGAGACCAUGGAGGAGUUCAAACACACUUUGGACAACACUCGCAACAAGAUGGACCAGGAGACAGAGCAGCUGACCCAGCAGAUUGACAUAAUUACCCAUGCCAUCCAGAGAGAGAAGGACACUGCUGCUGAGCUGGAGCUCAAAUCGCGACUCUUCUCCUUUGGGAAAUACAAGGCAGAGGACCAGGAUGUGAUGCUGGAGGCCCUGGGCAGGAAGGUGGCCGAGGUGUACAGGAGCUAUGCGGGGGAGAGUGGGGCCAACCUGACCACGCUACAGAUGCUGACCAACAUCGAGGGCCGCUUGGGGGAGUUGCUGGAGAACAUGGAGCUGGUUCCCAAGGGCCGUGUGCUCAUGGCCGAGAAGGCCAAGGAGAAGGAGAGGAGACUCAGGCUAAGGGAGGAGAAGGUUCGUGUGCAGAAGAUGCAGCAAGAGGAGCGCCUGCGUAAAGCCCUGGAGAGAGCUCAGGCUAACACCAAGAGACCUACGGGGAAGAAGCUUAUGCCUCGCUCACUACCUCCGGUGACUGAGCAGUUAGUGAACAAUGAUGACAGAGACACUGACAUGGAGAGGGAGAAGCAGCUCUACUUCUUCACCUGA